UUUUUGUAGCUAAAAAAGCACCUGCAAUAUUAUGAAGAACUCUUUCGUUCAGAGAUAAAAUAUUGGUCACUUCCGGUUUGUCAAAAGGCGGCAAAUGGAAAGUUGAUCAGAUCUGUGAGAAAGAAAACAUCAACAAUGCAAAAAUCUAUAACAUCUUUCUUUACCUCGCCAAAACCCAAAAAUCCAGAACCAAUCUGUAACUCUGACAGCAAAAAGACCGAAAAGAGUUCAGUUAAAAAAAUUAAGUCACCACUGAAACCAAAAAAUACCUCGCCAGGAAAAGAUGCAGAUUCACCCGUGAAAAUACGUGCUAAAAGAAAGAGUAAAGCCAGAGUUAUUGAGAGUGAUGAUGAAGAUGAGUGUGAAAACAAUAUGGAUACCAGUGAAACUUCUGAGGCUAUCACUAAAGACCAGAAAGAGGACAAAUCAGAAUGUACAGAAAAGAAAGAGGAUAAAUCAGAGAGUACAGAAAAGAAAGAGGAUAAAUCAGAAAGCACAAAAGAUAAAACAAUAGAGGAUAAAAAAGUUAACAAGAAAGAAACCCCCUUGAAGUCAAAGCCAGAGUCUGUAGAUUCAGGAGUUUCCUCACAGUCAUCACAGGAAGGACCAUCAACACCUAUUAGUUCACCAUUUGGUUUACCUGUCAGAAGAACAGCAAGAAAAAGUAUGGGAGCUACACCCAAAAGAAAGACAUUAGACUACAAAGAAGAAAAAUCAUCAAGUAAAAAAAGACGGAAGACAGAAGAUGAGGAAGAAAAGACUGAAAAAGAAGAGAGCACGACUAAAACAAAUGAUACAAAAGAGACAGUUACAGACCAAGAAGAAGAAGAAAUGGAGGUAGACGCAAAAGAACCUGAUAUGUCAGAAGACACGAAGAAUACAGAAUCUGACAAACAAGAUGACAAGAAGGAAAAAGAAGAAGAGGAGAGUGACAAACAAGAAAGCUAUGGUCCAAAAGUCAAGAAAGAAAAGAAAACACCUAAAGGGAAGAAAGAAAAACAAACUAGUAAUAAUAAAGGGAAAGCAACCCCUAAAGAAAAGAAAUCAAAGAAAGAAGAAAAAUCUCCUGAAGUCAAAAAAGAAAUAAAAGAAGAAAAGACUGACGAGAAAACUGAAACAAAAGCAACAAAACCUGUACACAGUUUCUUUGCUCCGAAAAAAAGCACCAAGUCUGAAACAGAAGAGGAUAAAGCUGUGGGCAAAUCAAGUGUGACUCCUUCCAAAGAUACCAAAACAGAGUUGAAAAAAGAGUCAGGAUCUGAUAAGAAGACAGACGAUUAUAAUCCUGCCAAAUCACGGUACCAUCCAAUUGAUGAUGCCUGUUGGAAACAUGGGGAAAAAAUACCAUAUCUUGCCUUGGCUAGGACCUUUGAAGCAAUAGAAGCUGUCUCAGCUAGAUUAAAGAUUAUGGAAAUGCUUUGUAAUUUUUUCCGUUCUGUAAUUGUACUCACCCCAGAAGAUUUAUUAUGCUCUGUGUACCUGUGUCUCAACAAGUUGGCUCCAGCUUAUGAAGGCAUUGAGCUUGGUAUUGGAGAAACAGUUCUGAUGAGGGCUAUAGCUCAGGCAACAGGUAGAAGUGUUGACAAGAUAAAGCUUGAUGUACAAGAGAAAGGUGACCUGGGAAUUGUAGCAGAGUCCAGUAGAAGUAACCAACGAACAAUGUUUGCUCCUCCAAAGUUGACAAUACGAGAUGUGUUCAAAAAGUUGACAGAAAUCGGGCAGAUGUCAGGCAAUUCUGCUCAAGCAAAGAAAAUUGAAAAAAUAAAAGGAAUGUUUGUAGCCUGUAGACAUUCUGAAGCCAGAUAUCUUAUUCGAUCCCUUGGAGGGAAACUGAGAAUAGGUCUAGCAGAGCAAAGUGUCCUCACAGCACUUGGUAAUGCUGUAUACCUUACACCCCCUGGGCAAGAUUAUCCUCCAGAAAUAUUGGAUGCUGGGAAAGGUCAGGGUUCAGAAUCAUUAAAAAAGAACAUGGAGGAAGCAGCUCUAGUCAUUAAAACAGUUUAUAGUGAAUGUCCAAACUAUGGUGCCAUAAUCCCAGUAUUAUUAAAGGAAGGUAUACAGGAGUUACCCAAACAUUGUAAACUAACACCAGGUGUUCCACUCAAACCUAUGCUUGCCCAUCCUACAAAGGGUGUUAGUGAGGUAUUGAAACGUUUUGAAAAUGCAGAAUUCGCCUGUGAAUAUAAGUAUGAUGGUGAAAGAGCACAGAUACAUAUAUUAGAAGAUGGAAAAGUACAUAUAUACAGUAGAAACUCUGAGAACAAUACCACUAAAUACCCAGAUAUAAUAGCCAGAAUACCUAAAGUCAAGAACGAUUCUGUCAAAUCAUGUGUACUUGACUCUGAAGCUGUGGCGUGGGAUGCAGAGAAAAAACAAAUACAGCCUUUCCAAGUAUUAAGUCACAGAAAAAGGAAGGAUGCUGAUGCUUCAGAUAUAAAGGUCCAGGUCUGUGUGUAUGCAUUUGACUUAUUAUAUUUAAAUGGCGAAUCUCUGGUCACACAGCCUUUCAGAAGGAGGAGAGAACUCUUACAUCAGUCAUUUGAAGAAAUUGAAGGAGAAUUUGUGUAUGCUAAGUCUAAAAUUUUAUCUGAUACAGAAGAAAUUGCUGAAUUCUUAGAUGAGUCUGUUAAAGGAAAUUGUGAAGGCUUAAUGGUGAAAACUUUAGACAAAAAUGCAACUUAUGAAAUAGCAAAACGAUCUCAUAACUGGCUGAAGUUGAAGAAAGACUAUUUAGAGGGAGUUGGUGACACAUUGGAUGUUGUGGUGAUAGGUGGUUACAUAGGAACAGGAAAACGAACUGGGAGAUACGGUGGAUUCUUAUUAGCUUGUUAUGAUGAAGAAAAUGAAGAAUUUCAAAGUAUAUGUAAAAUUGGCACUGGUUUUACUGAUGAGGAUUUAGAACAACAUUCUACCUUCUUUAAAGAACAUUUGAUUGAUAAACCUAAAACAUACUAUCGCUAUGACAACUCUCAUCUGCCAGAUCAUUGGUUCGAUGCUGUACAAGUAUGGGAAAUCAAAUGUGCAGAUUUAUCAAUUUCACCAACACACAAGGCAGCAUCUGGACUGGUGGAUCCAGAGAAGGGAAUUUCUUUAAGAUUUCCACGUUUUCUUCGCAUCCGUGAUGACAAAAAGACCGAUGAAGCUACCUCAGCCUCUCAGGUGGCAGAGAUGUACAAAGGCCAACAACAAAUACAGAACCAAACGAAGGAUGGUGGAGACGAGGAAGAUUUCUAUUGAUUUUGUAUAUAACAAUUUAUUUAAAAUUAAUUUUUAUGUAAAAUUUUCAACCUAAUAUAUCAAUGAACUAGAAA